AUCCCUACGCAAAUGUCAUUGACUUGUGUCUGCAUAUUGGCUGGCUGACGAUUGCACAGACAGGCUCGGUUCGUGCUACAAUAAAAAGCUUGUGAGCGCCGCUCAGGCCUUAAUUACGGUCCAACGGCCCAAACAUUUGGUCGCCACAUGUGUUAAUCACAAAAACUCUAACAAAACCCACUUUAAACGGACGUGGAACGAUAAAAAUCGACGAUCUAAUCACUAGCAGUAAAACAUAGUAUUUUAAUUAGAUAAAAUCGCGCUUUUGAGUAUUGUGAACGUUGUUAAUCACUUCCGUGGUGUCUGAGCGUGUGGCUGGUGCAUUUGUGAGCAGUUUUUUUUGCUGUAAAAACAUGGUUAUCGAGAAAAUUUGUUGCUUGGGAGCUGGAUAUGUCGGCGGGCCUACGUGUAGUGUGAUUGCUCUAAAAUGCCCUAAUAUUCAAGUAACUGUUUGCGACAAGAGUGUUGAGAGAAUAAACCAGUGGAAUUCUGACAAAUUGCCGAUCUACGAGCCCGGGUUAGACGAUGUGGUUCGACAAUGCCGAGGUAGGAAUCUUUUUUUCUCUACUGACAUAGCAAAAAGCAUACAGGAGGCUGAUUUGAUAUUUAUAUCUGUGAAUACGCCUACUAAAACGUUUGGAAAUGGCAAGGGCAGGGCUGCGGACUUGAAAUAUGUUGAAAGUGCAGCCCGUAUGAUUGCAGACUUGGCGACCAGUAACAAAAUUGUAGUCGAAAAGAGUACGGUGCCAGUUAAAGCGGCUGAAAUUAUUAUGAAAAUAUUGAGAGCUAACACUAAGCCGGGUGUCGAGUACCAGAUCCUGUCUAACCCUGAGUUUUUGGCUGAAGGAACUGCUAUCGUUGACUUGGUGGAAGCUGAGAGAGUGUUAAUCGGUGGUGAGGAUACUGCUGAUGGUCAGAAAGCUAUUAAAGAGCUUUGCUGGGUAUAUGAGCAUUGGAUACCAGCUAAAAACAUACUUACCACCAACACUUGGAGUUCUGAGCUGUCUAAGCUCGCUGCUAACGCAUUCCUUGCCCAACGUAUAUCAAGUAUUAACUCUUUAUCUGCCGUCUGUGAGGCUACCGGUGCCGACGUGUCAGAGGUAGCAAGAGCUGUAGGCAGAGACUCUCGAAUCGGGCCAAAAUUCCUUGAAGCAUCAAUAGGUUUCGGCGGCAGUUGCUUCCAGAAAGACAUCUUAAACCUUAUCUACUUGUGCGAAUGCCUAAAUUUGCCUGAAGUGGCCGCUUACUGGCAGCAAGUACUCAACUUAAAUGAUUAUCAGAAAGCUCGAUUCACAAGAAAAGUCAUCGAGUCACUAUUCAACACUGUAUCGGACAAAAAAAUUGCUAUACUCGGUUUUUCAUUCAAGAAAAACACAGGAGACACCAGAGAAUCACCUGCUAUUCACGUAUCAACUACAUUAUUGGACGAAGGAGCUAAACUACACAUAUAUGAUCCUAAAGUGGAACCGGACCAGAUUUUCUACGAGCUCACAAGUCCAUACGUAACAUCCGAACCGGAGAAAGUUAAAAGCAACGUUGAAAUCCACGAUACAGCUUACUCGGCAGUUACAGGGGCUCAUGCGAUAGUUUUAUGUACCGAAUGGGACGAAUUUAAGAUGUUAGAUUUUAAAAAGAUAUACGAAGUGAUGAUGAAGCCUGCGUAUAUAUUCGAUGGAAGAAAGAUCUUGAAUCAUGAGGCGUUGCAGAAUAUCGGUUUCCAUGUGCAGACGAUUGGGAAGCGGUUGAGCAGAGCGGGCAGUAUACGGGCUCAAGGAAGUCAGACGAUGCCUUAAUGUACUGAAAUAUAGCUGAAUAAUAAUAAAAGAAAAUGAAAAAGCAGCGUGGUACUAGCCAGAAUAUUAUAAUGCUAUGGAAUUAACUAUUUUAUAUAAUUAGUAUUAAGUCUAAUUUAUUUUAUGAUGCCGAGGAUUUUUGCCUAUUUUU